UGUGCAACUAAGAAAAUUCUACUUUUCCUUCAGUCAUUCCAUCUGUCAUAAAUUCCGGCCUAACCGCGAUAGUGUAAGAUGUUUGAGUCUGUUUAGACGUGAUCUGUGAUUUUUUAGAAAAUAUCUCUGAAGUAUUUCAAGUACAUUCUGUAAUAUUCACUACUAAUUUUAUCAUUUAACUGAGGAAUGGCGUUGGGGCUAAUGUCGCCUGAAGCCACAUGUUGAGAGAGAGAGAGAGAGAGAGAAAGAGAGAAAGAAAGAGGGAGAGAGAAAAAGAGAGAGAGAGAGACUUCAUUUCACAUCGCGGUUCAUGGAACACGUGUGGCUUGUGAAUAGGACUGUUUGGAAAAUUGCUCAAACUAAAUUUUUAACAUAUAGUACGCGUUCAAAAUAUCAACGGGCGUACAUAUAACCAUCAGAAAGAACAAAUAUUAAUCAAAAUGUCUGUAGCAUCAUCAAGAGUUACUAAUUUAUCGUCUCUAAUAAGGAGGGAUAUUUCAUCACAAAUUAUUAAUAAACCCAACAGAGUAUGCUAUAGGCCUCCAAAAAAUUUUAAACAUAUACUUUAUGGUUAUAAAUUUGAAACAAAAAGAGAAUAUGACAACAUGAUAAGUUCACUUCGAGGAGGUGCAAUAAAGGACAAUGAUUUAGUAAAUUUUCUAGAUGAAACAAGGCAAUAUGUAACCUUACUAGAUUGUGGACAUACAAUAUUUGUACAGACUCUUGUUGAAAUCAAGUGGCUAGAUAGAUCACCAGAUCUAAUUUCUACCUACAAAACUUUUGUAGAAGAUCUAGUCUGUGCACAAGUCAAAUACGCAAGAACUGUAUUUGAUCAUCUAGUUAAAUUAUUUAAACCAGUUGUUGAAGAUAAUCAAGAACAUAAGGCUAAAGAGCUUACACUUCAAGAUACAGAACGAUUGAACCAUAUUCAUGAAAUAUUGAGCAAGAUUUUGAAUGUGGUACCAAUGUCGAGAAAGUGUUUGCUAUAUAGCAUUGAAUCGCAAUAUCCAUAUAUUACCCAUAGCACAUAUAUACAUGAAGUUUAUAUACAUGCAUUAUUGAAUAUACUAUAUUAUGCACCUUAUCUAAGAUCAGAUAUUUUAUCCAUAGUAAUUAAUGGUCUAUCUUCAUUAGACGUUAAUAUAACGAAAAACAAAAAAGAUUGUGAAGAAUUAUACGAUGUACUAGAUGCUGAUAAUGACAACGCGGCUACGGUAAAUAAUGAUGCAGAUAAAGCAGAGCAUGUCCAAUUAAUAGAGCACACACUAGAUGCGUGUAUGGACAUAUUUUUGGGAUUUAUCCACAAGUUUUGCUUCAUAAAUCAUGUUAAUUUGAAUAAACAAAAUUUAAAGAUAUUAUACCAUGAUAUUCUCACAGCAUUCGAUAAAGUACUAUUACGUAUAGAUCGCACUCAAUAUGUGCAGUAUAUCGGAUUAUACUUUUGUAGCAUUAAACACGUAAUCACAGCAUUUAUAGACUAUUUGUGGAAAAAAAUGGUCGACUGGAACGAAGCACCGGUUAUACGGCAAUCAGCGGCUUCUUAUAUUUCCAGUUUAGUUGCUUCUGCUUCAUAUAUUACUCCUGAAACCCUGAAGUCGACAAUUUGCCGACUUGCAGAUUGGAUACACGAGUAUAUCGGUACGGACGAAACUUCAAAUAGCUAUGUCGACUUGAAACUGCACAAUAUAUUUUACUCUGUUUGUCAAGCGUUUUUUUAUUUGUUUAUUGCAAAACACGAAGAACUCAUCAAGACAAGAUAUGAUAUACUGUUUGUCCAACAACUCGAUAUACCCAGGAUCAUAUCGUGUAAACUGAAUCCCUUGGUGGUUUGCGACAGCGAAAUAGUACGAAAGUUUUCCAAUAUCACAAAAAUGUAUCAACUCGCCUAUUGCGACGCUAUAAUUGAAGACAAUGCGCGCAAACAACUACCAGUUUUUGGAGAACAGGAACUCUUACUUUCCAAUUUCUUUCCCUUCGAAUCUUGCAUAUUACAGCGUAGUAGGCAUUGGAUAACUCCUUUAUUAAAUAGUAAUGCGAUAAAUGCUAGUAAUCAAUCGAAAAAUACGAGUACAGAUGUUCCCGAACUAAGUAACUAUGAUGUAGUAUUUGAUUCAGUGUAAAUGAAAAUAUAUGUCCUGUUUUUAUAUCUUUACUAUUUAUAAUUUUAUUAUAUCCAGAGUGAUAAAAACAAAAUAUAAUUUUGCUAUAUCCGGAGUGAUAAAAUAGAAACAAAUUACAUUGCAAGAUUCGCUCCAUUCGAAAAAAAUUUGAGAAUAAUGCACAGAUAAAAUAUAAAUAAUUUAUAUUUCAAAAUACUUUCUCAAAUGUAUCUGUUUCAUUAAUUUUAUAGUUACUCAUGAAUGUAUUGUUUGUACAAACAGAGCUAUGUAAAACCUGUAAAACUUUAAUCGAUUGUGUAUAUAAACAUAAAUGGAUGGUCAUUUCCUAAAGCAAAAAUAUACAAUUUUCAACCUUA